GCGGGGGCAGGACGCGCCCACGGACGCUGGAGGGGGCUCUACACCGCCGCGGUUCCCCUCCCCGCCUCCCCUUUAGGCGGGGGCCGGAGCGCUAGUGGGAGGAGAAGGAGCAGGAGGCGACGGCAGCCACAGACACCCGGAGCAGCUGCGCCGGUUCCCUGCUCUUGCCUCGACUGGACAUCUCGAGCUCCCGCUCCCGCCCCUUAGCCGGGGCGCCUUUUCCCUUUCCUCUGGCGCCUCAGCCAUGGCGACCUCGGUCCCAUCGCUCUCUCGAUAUUGCCCCUGUUGCCCUCCUUCUGCUGCCGUCGCAUCCGCCCCCUCCUCUGUCUUUUCGAAGACCCUUUAAUGGCUCGGACCCUCCAGCGACCGCCACCCGACUUGUUUGCGCCGCCGGUGGCCGCCACAACGAGCAAAGCCUGAGAGGAGCGCCGCGCACGAAGUAGAAGCUUGUCUCUUCAGAUAUGGGCGAAGUGGAGCAAAAAGCGACAACAGGAUCUCGGCUAGGAGUACAGGAGAAUGCUGGCAUCAGUACUUUGGAACAUGGACAGAAACUGCCUUCAACACCUACAGGAAAACUUAUUUCUAUCAAAGUCCAAAUGCUGGAUGAUACACAGGAAACAUUUGAAAUUCCGACAAGAGAAAAUGGUGAAGGGGAUGAUAAAAAGGAUGGAUGGAUUUGCCGUAGGAGUAUAAAGGCAUGGACAAAAGGUCUCAUAUUGAAAAGAUGUGCAUUCGAGUCUUGUCAAAGAGCUCCCGGAAAGAUUUUAUUGGAUGCAGUCUGCAACCAUCUGAAUCUUGUUGAAGGUGAUUAUUUUGGCCUUGAGUUUCUGGAUCAUAAGAAGGUCAUGGUUUGGCUGGAUCUUUUGAAACCUAUCAUAAAACAAAUCAAAAGACCUAAGCAUGUCAUUCUAAAAUUUGUGGUAAAAUUCUUCCCACCUGAUCAUGCUCAGCUACAAGAAGAAUUAACAAGGUACUUAUUUGCAUUGCAAGUUAAACAGGAUUUAGCACAAGGAAGACUAACCUGUAAUGACACUAGUGCUGCUCUUUUAAUAUCACAUAUUGUACAGUCUGAAAUUGGGGAUUUUGAUGAAACCAUUGAUCAUGAACACUUAGCAAAAAACAAAUAUAUACCUCAACAAGAAGCUUUAGAAGACAAAAUAAUGGAAUUUCAUCAUAAUCAUAUUGGUCAGACACCAGCAGAGUCCGAUUUCCAGCUGCUUGAAAUUGCCCGUCGUUUGGAAAUGUAUGGAAUGCGGUUGCAUCCAGCUAAGGACAGAGAAGGAACGAAGAUCAAUCUAGGAGUGGCUCAUACAGGCAUUCUGGUGUUUCAGGGUUAUACGAAGAUAAAUGCAUUCAACUGGUCUAAAGUUCGGAAACUCAGCUUUAAGAGGAAGCGUUUUCUUAUUAAACUACGGCCAGAUGUAAAUAGUAACUUCCAGGACACAUUGGAAUUUCUAAUGGCUAGUCGGGAUUUGUGCAAGGCAUUUUGGAAAAUUUGUGUAGAACACCAUGCCUUCUUCAGGCUGUUUGAGGAACCCAAACCCAAACCUAAACCUGUUCUUUUUACCAGAGGUUCAUCUUUUAGGUUCAGUGGCCGUACUCAGAAGCAAGUCCUUGACUAUGUUAAAGAAGGAGGACAUAAAAAAGUGCAAUUUGAAAGAAAACACAGCAAGAUCCAUUCUGUUAGAAGUCUGACUCCAAAAUCUACAGAGCAACUUUCUGUGGUGCCAAAACAAAGUUCUAGUUUUACCUAUGGAGAUGGUGCUGAUUCCCUGGUUGUGGAAAGCUGCCAACAGGGAAAGGAAUUAAAUAUUUCAGUGGAAGAUGGUGGACCACACACAAUUCCUUCCCAGAAAAAAAGCCCUAAGGAAGGCCAGGGGAUAAAUGGUACUACAAUGGCAACAAUGGAGGAGGAAGAGGAGGUCGUAAAGGACAGGUCACAGCUCAGCAGAUCUCAGACACAGCAGCCAAGCACAGGCUCUCUUGCUGGCAGCCCUCACCUUUCAGAACUGUCAAUCAAUUCUCAAGGUGGAUCAGCCAUAGCAAAUGCAACUUUGUCUCCUAAUUUGAGUCCUGAUAAUAGGCAAGCUUCUCCAUUGAUCAGUCCCUUGCUGAAUGAUCAAACUGGAGUCCGCACGGAAGAUGAAGAGGAGGUCAGGAGAAAGAGGUUUCCAACUGACAAAGCAUACUUCAUUGCUAAAGAAGUUGCCACUACAGAACGGACUUACCUGAAAGAUCUUGAAGUCAUCACAUCGUGGUUCCAGAGCACAGUAAGUAAAGAUGACUGCAUGCCAGAAGCACUGAAGAGUCUCAUCUUUUCAAACUUUGAACCUUUGCACAAAUUUCACACCAACUUUCUAAAGGAGGUAGAACAGCGAAUUGCUUUGUGGGAAGGCCGUUCUAAUGCCCACUUGAAAGGAGAUUUCCAAAAAAUUGGAGAUGUUAUGCUAAAGAAUAUUCAGAAUAUGAAGCAACUAACCAUUCAUUUGCGAAAGCAUAGCAAAAUACUGCUAGAACUGGAAAAUGGAAUCAAGAGCUCUCGCAGGCUUGAGGCCUUAUGCAGAGAUUUUGAGAUGCAGAAAGUCUGCUACCUUCCCCUCAAUAUCUUCCUUCUCAGGCCACUGCAUAGACUGAUGCACUACAAGCAGAUAAUGGAAAGGCUCUGCAAACAUUAUCCACCCAAUCAUGGGGACUUCAGGGACUCUAGAGCUGCUCUGGCAGAAAUUUCAGAGAUGGUGGCCCAGCUCCAUAGCAGUAUGCUAAAAAUGGAAAACUUCCAGAAACUGCAUGAACUGAAAAAGGACUUAAUAGCUAUGGACAAUCUAGUGACUCCAGAAAGAGAAUUUAUUAGGCUGGGUAGUCUCAGCAAACUGUCUGGAAAAGGCUUACAGCAGCGGAUGUUCUUCUUGUUCAAUGAUAUCUUGCUGUACACAAGUCGGGGUCUAACAGCAUCGAAUCAGUUCAAAGUUCACGGGCAGCUUCCACUGUAUGGCAUGAUGAUAGAAGAGAGUGAAGAAGAAUGGGGGGUUCCCCACUGCUUUACACUGAGAAGUCAACACCAAUCCAUUGUUGUUGCUGCGAGUAACCGCAUUGAAAUGGACAAGUGGACUGAGGACCUUCAGAUGGCCAUUGACUUGGCAGAGAACUGUAAUAAUCCUGCUUCUGAAUUCCAUGGAAAUAGUCCACCUGACACAAAGUCUCCCGAGGAGUCCACUGUAGACCAGGAAUCGGAGGACGAUCUCAAUGCAUCCCGCACCUCGCUUGAACGUCAAGCUCCUCAUCGUGGCAACACUACGGUGCACGUCUGCUGGCACAGAAAUACCAGUGUCUCUAUGGUCGACUUUAGUAUUGCAGUGGAGAACCAACUCUCUGGAAACCUUCUGCGAAAAUUCAAAAACAGCAAUGGGUGGCAGAAGCUUUGGGUGGUGUUCACCAACUUCUGCAUGUUUUUCUACAAAUCUCACCAGGACAAUCAUCCCUUAGCUAGCCUUCCUCUGCUGGGCUAUUCUCUUACCAUUCCUUCUGAAUCUGAGAACAUUAAUAAAGACUAUGUCUUUAAGCUAUACUUCAAAUCCCAUGUGUACUAUUUUAGGGCGGAGAGUGAAUAUACAUUUGAAAGGUGGAUGGAGGUAAUCCGAAGUGCCACAGGCCCAGCCUCGCGUGUCCGUGUAUUAAGUCACGAAGAAUCCCAUGUUUAUUGAUGGCUGAACUCCAAAUGGUUCAUUCCAGCAACUGCUGCUUUUUUAGAGGAUAUUUGAAUUUAUUUUCCCCUUUUAAGAUUUAGUAAAACACAAAUCUAUUAAAAAUGUUUUGGAUCAGCUUUUGAAAUAAUGCCUCUACAGGUUUGUUUACUAUUAUCAGCCACGUGAGGGUUUCAUGUCUUGUAUUUGUUCUUUGGAGUGUUUUUUUAGCUUGUGCCAGUAUUAAAAUAUUGUCCUUGCGGAGUGCCAAAUGCCAAAAGAUAUUUCUUCGCCUCAAAAAAUUUGCACCAGAAAUAUGUAGACCAAUUUUUGUAGCAACUUCAUUUUUUUAAUACUUCCUUGAAAACCUGAUGCCUCUUCUUUAAUAUACAGACCCUCAAAAUGAGUUUAGGACUGAUUUUUGUUUUGGUUAUUCUUAUCUAUUCACUUCACCACCUCAACAUAAAUUUUCAAGGUAAAGUUCUUUUAUUUUUGAUGUUUCUACACAGUUUGCUAGUAAGAAUUAAAACUGGCAGCCAAAUAUGUAGUUUGUUCAAUUCAUCUCACUUCUGAAAGUUGGAAAUAUUUCCUUCCGAUAUUGUCAGAUGGGUUUGCCUGCUUUUUUCUGAUGAAAAUUAAUAUUGAGAUAGAAAAUCAUGCCCGAGAAACUGUUUACGUAUUUUACUCCAUGAAGUACUCGUAACAAUGUCUUAGGAAAUUUAAGAUGGUAUAAUAAUUUGUGUAACAAAAUGUCAAUAUCUGUGUUCUACAAGGAUUGUGGCAUUAAUUUUUUGUCAGAAAAUUGGUGUUUCAAUAAGAACAGGUGCAGGUGCAUCUCUUCAAAGGAAACAUUUGUUUCUGUAAUGUUUUGUCCCAAUAUACUCUGUGCUUCUGCACCUUUAUAAGUGGUACUAUAAAUCCAUUCAUAUUUUGUCUGUACAAAUUUGGAAGCAAUUAGAUAGCCUUAAAUAUGUUCAUUUAAUCAAUGUCCAGCCCGAUUAAGAAUCCAAAACAGCUUUUCUCAACCAUUUUCCCCCUGGAGGAAGCCUUGAAAUAAUUUUCAGGGCUCAGAGAACCCUUGCAUAAAAAUUAUUCUAUCUAAAGCUGUCUAUGAUUAGCAGCAUGUAAAAAUUCCCACCUUUGGAAGUGUUGACAUUGCAUGGCACACAAAAUUAAAAAAAAAAAAAACCAGUAUUUUGUUAAUAUAAUAAUGACCUUUCAUGGAACCCAAGUUGAGAAAGGCUGUUCUAAAGAUUUGAUUGAGAAUAUAAACUUUCCAGCAAUUGAAAUAGAUUCAUUGUGUAUUAUUAGAUGUAAUAUGAAUCCCACCACAUGUCACACAUUUUAAGAAAAAUGAUUUCUACUGUAUCAAUCUCUUGCUUUAAGAGCAGGUUUGGCAAAUAUAGAGGCUCUGUUGUAUAAACAUGUUUUAAGAUUUGCUUACAGAAAAGGGAAUAAAAUACCUCAACAGCUUUAAACAGUGUAUAGCUUUGAGGGUUUCUUGCCAUGAUGUUUGUUCCUUGCCAUUUACAAAAACUUAUUUUGAACAUGCAUAAUUGAUAACACAUAAUUUGUAUGUGUGCACCUGAUUUAGGCAACUUUCAUAGGUUCAUCAAAAUGAGACCAUGAAAAGUUUUCCAGACAUUUGCACAAACCUUUCUUUGGCCUACAUAUCCCAACAUGCAUUUUGCAAUCCAGGAUUGAUUCAAAACUUUUUCUCUCCAAUACCUCUCCCCUCCCCCGGGCUGUGGUUUGAUUUUUCCAGCUAAGCCAUUAGAUCGAAGCUGAAUCCUGGAAGAUUGUAGACCCUUGUUGCUGUAAAAAAAGGCACUCCUUUUUAAUUGUUAUUUUGUUUUUAAGUGGUGGAAAGAAGACGAAAAAAAUCAACUAGGCUGCUGCUGACCUCAUUAUGUCUCUCCCAGCUCUUUUGUUUCUUAGAGAAGUAAACAACUACAAAUAGAUUGGGAAAAGAAGGAAGUAAAAACAAAACAGCUGGAACUAUAGAGUAGGUUUUGCAAAUAAUUUUGAGGGUCAUAUAAAAUCAUUGUGCAAACUUAUGACCACCAAAAUUAUUUACUGGAUGCAGCUUUUAGCUUGUGCCUUUUUUGUUCAGCAAGGUUUGCAUAGUCUGGUUUUAGCAGCUGGAUUUGCUUCCUAGGGAGUCACAGUAUUGUAAUGUUAAGGGUGGCAGAGGUUUUCAGUUUUUGCCACUAUCUUCUCAGGGUAUAAAUACCAUGAGCACAAAUCACUUAUUCAGUGUUUUCUAUUGUCUAUCAGAGACCUCUUGCAGGAACAUUGCUUUAUAACUAUUUUUGCUUUCAGCUCUUGCUGUUUAGAUUUCCAUACAAAAUAUAAUAAUCACAGCUCCUUUUUUAAUAUUAAUGUUCCUAAAUAAUGCAGCAGCAGCAGCACUGAAAGUGGAUAUAAGGGUUUUCCCCACUUUAUUCCAAAGGUAUACGGUAUAGUUAUGCACUUCUAUAUUGGUUUCAAAUAAUUAAAAUUAAUUAAUAAUUAACUGAAACAGUUUGUGCUAAUUGCAUUUCCUUGAUUUUUUAUAUAUAAAUUGGACUAACUAAAGAAAGGAACUAAACAACCCCCUACUGACACAAGCCAUCCUCAUCAGUUUGGCAAGAUACCGUGUGACAGUUUUACAAAAUGACUGACUGGAAAACUGAUAAGCACAUAUGUGGUGUGGGUCUAAACUUAGUCAUAUAUAUGCAUGACACUUCCUAUAUCAAAACUGAUUUCAAAAAGUAUAUAUACCUCCCUUGUGUCUGUUUUAGUCGAGUCAUGACUGGGAAAAAAAAACACUCAAAAUUCUAAGGCCAUACUUCCAUCUGUACACAACCAACAGUUUGAUAAGAAUAUUUACAUCCAUUCUUCCAGAACAGGGCAGCCAUAACAGUAUCUGGAGUUGCAAUAACACAAUAGCUUAUGGUUCUGUUUUUCCCUUUAAGUGUUAUUAAAUUCUGAAGUCUACUUUCUUGUAAAGUGUGUGAUAUAAAUACGCUGCUCAAUGACAUAUCAAAAUGGUUGUAUUUUUUUAUUUCUGUGUCAUGAAACAUACAAGGUUUUGAGAAUAGGCUGAUAUCUGACAUAAGCAAAUAUACUGUAUACAGGUUAUAAACAGCAGAAUUACAGAAGUAAACAGAGCCUGAUCAAAGAAUAGGUCUUCGUUGCAUAUGUCACAUGAUGGCUAAAAAUGGGACUCCAUGGAUAGAGAUUAAAAAAGGCAUUCCCAGAUGCUUAUGAAAAAAAUAAGCCAGAUAUUAGACUGCUAUGUUGUGCAUUUUCAAAAAGCAACUGUUGGCCAGAGUUAGACCUUUGCCAUAAUUCAGCAAGGAAAUCAUAAUUUUAUGCUUCUCUAAAAAAGCAUCAAGUUCAUACUUAGAAUAUUUUAUCCAGCAACUGUGAAUUACUCAAUUAUGUAAAUGCUUCAUAUAUUCAGACUCUUUACUAAAAGUUAUUAGAUGACAGAAAUAUACAAUUACUGCUCUUUCUAGUAUCAAUAAUUUUAAAUCUGAAGACUUUUAAGGUUGAUUUAUGGCUCUAACAAACAUCUCUAAUUAAGAACAUUUCUAGUUCACCAUAAUGUACAACAGUAACUAUGCUAACCUAAAAGAGCAAAAAUAAAGUCUUGCGACAUCUUAACCAA